CGAAGAUGCGUUUUGCCUGUGUUCUCGAGGUUAACUGUUGCCAUGGUUACAGUACAAGCGUUAUAGAACUGUAAAGCACAAACAAGACGUGAAAAUGCUGCCACAACAGCAGGAGUCCGUGUCUAAAGAAGCCGCCGUUGACACGGGACACAGUCUGCAAGGUAGUGAUGCGGAUUCCCUGAAAGGAACUGGAGAAUCGCCAAUAUUGAUGGAAGGACGAGUAGUAGAAGUUACCCCCGAAAAAGCUCAAGCUGUUUCCUUUGCUAAUGGAGACACAGAUGGAACUAUUCCCCACAAUGAACAAAAUAAUGAAGCCCAGAUACAGGAACCAACAAAAAAAGAAAAUGACUUUGGUCCAAGAAUGACCAAGAAAUUCCUGAAGGACCAUUGCAAACAACAGAAGCUGUACAUGACGCCUUAUCUGAACGAUACACUCUACCUGCACUAUAAAGGUUUUGUCACCAUUGAAAAUCUGGAGGAGUAUACAGGUUUGAAGUGCCUGUGGUUAGAAUGCAAUGGCCUGCAGAAAAUCGAGAACCUGGAAGCACAGACUGAGAUGCGUUGCCUCUUCAUGCAUCAGAACCUGAUUCAGAAACUGGAAAACCUUGAGCCGCUUCAAAAACUGGAUUCACUCAACCUCAACAAUAACUACAUUCAGACCAUUGAAAACCUCUCCUGCCUUAAAGACUUGAGUACUCUGCAGCUGGCCCACAAUAAGGUACAGACUGUCCAGGAUAUUGAGCAUUUAAAGGACUGCCCAAGCAUUAGCGUUCUUGAUCUCUCUUACAACAAACUGGAUGAUCCAAACAUACUUUAUGUCUUUGAGGCCAUGCCUAACCUGCGAGUGUUGAAUCUAAUGGGUAAUGAAGUGAUUAAGAAGAUCUCUAACUACAGGAAGGUUUAUACAGUCCGUCUGAAAAAGCUGACAUAUCUGGAUGACAGGCCUGUGUUUCCAAAAGACAGAGCCUGUGCUGAAGCAUGGACCAUAGGAGGCUGGGAAGCAGAGAAAGAGGAGCGGCAACAGUGGGAGACAAGAGAAAGAAGGAAGAUCCAGGACAGCAUUGACGCUCUGUCCGAAAUCAGGAAGAAGGCAGAAGAGAAGAAGGGGCACAAGGACAUGAAGGAAAACGAUGAAGGUGUUAUCUCAGAGAAGGGUGCUGGAAACAAUAUGGAUAUUCCUGGUCAAUCUACUGACCCUGUCACCCAGAAAAAGAUUCAGACAUUUGUGGAUGAAACCAUGCAAGCCCAUGAUGAUUUCCUUGAUGAAAUGGCAGGAACAGUCGAACAAGACCUCCAGGAAAGCUCAGAAAGAGGGAAAGAGCAGCUUGCAUCAACAGAUUCAGACUGUAAUACUGAUAAAGAUGAAGCAGUACCAUCUGCAAUCCCAGUAGCAGAAAAACAAACCAACAGUAUGGCUAUCUGUGGUGCCCUGGUAACAGAGCUGGAAAACAGUGAGACAAUCGAGACCAUCGACCUGGAGAAUCACGAAAAGAUUUAUAUUGAUGAUCUGCCAGAUUUGGAAGAAAUAGAAAUAUCUGAAACUGAAGACAUAUUAACUUCACAGCCAGUGUAUCGACCGAAAAUUGAAGUGAUUUCUGCAGCGAGCGAUGAAAGUGACUCUGACUUGGAAGACAUUCAAAAGUUGACAGCAGGGAAAAAGUUAAUAGAAGAGAUUGAAACUACAGCAGCUAAUCCAGAACCAGAUUUGUUUAUCAGAAGCUCAGAAAGACAGAAGCCGUUAAAGAAAUCUAUGAUGAUAGAAGAGAUCUUGCUGGAACCUCUCGGCAGUAGCGCAGAGACAGAGGCAGCAGACGGUUUGCAAGCACCCCUAAUCCAGGAGGUACUGGAAUGCUUGGAAACAUCAGAGGUGAAUGAGCCUGAUAAACCAACCACAUUUCUAAUAGAAGAGCUAGAUUAGGGAGAGGAGACAACCCCACGACCACCAGGCAAUGUGAUCAAAGAAAGCAUGCACUGCGGUCAUGUGAUAAUAGGAUUCCAAUGGGGCUUGAGGGAUUGCCUUGUCUAUAAAGUGUAUUCCAAUUUAAAUGGCUCCUUAACAAGUAAUGUAGUAUAUUAUUAUUGCCAAUGAAUAUGCUGCAUUGUAUUGUAACAACUGGAAAAUAAUAUGGUUGAAUUGCAUGGCUGACCAUUUUGUGAUGGCUUACCAGUGUCAUUAGCCGUGGCCAAUUUUAUCCUUUAAAAACUUUAAAAACUACUUUUCAUUUCAGUUGGGGGAAUAGCACGCAGCAAUUAUUAUUAGCCAUUUGUUUCUUAUUUAUUUUUCAAAAUAUGUUAUUCAUUUAAGAUAGAAAAAAAUGCUUAUGUUUAAACAUUUAAUUGUCAGUUAAAAAAUAAAGCUGUUUCUGUAACCAUCAGUUACAAUAUGAAACUAUUCGUUUUCAGAUUUGACAUUUACAGUAUGACAUUUAUGUAUUCUACACAAACUUUUUUCUUUUAAUAACACAUCCAGUUUGUUGCGGCCUGUAAUUUCAAUACAAUUUGGUCUUUAACAUACAUAGGAAUUAUAAGAGGUAAUAAAUCAUUAAAUGAUGAAUUAUCUAUCCAUAACAAUGUACACAUUGCCUAUCUUUGCUGCUCAUGGUAGUCUUCCACACUUGUUUUGUCCAACACCUACACGGAUAAGGCAGAAUCCACAAAUAUAUAGUUUUGCAGAUGUUGGUGUUCUAUUUGUGUAAUAUUAUAGUAAAAUAAAACAAUUCUGCAAAAACAUUGCCAUAAGAACACAUAUUUAAUGACUUGAGCUGCCUCUAAAGUAUUAUCCAAAUGUAUCUUAAUCGGUGAAUGGCAGAAUAAUGAGGAAAGAACUAGUGACCUUUCUUUUUGAAAACUUACAGUAUGGGGCAACACAAUUAAGUUUUUUUUAUUAAUUUUUUUUCAAGGUAAAAAAUGAUUUUGCGAUAUGCUGUAAUAAGUUCAUGCCAUGAACUGAGGCGGAAUAAUAUGUAUUAGAAUUGAAUGAAUGCAUCUUUGAUUAUAUGUAAAUGAAAUCAGGAUAUAAUAUAGCUCCUCAUCUGCUCUGGUUAUUAUCACAUUAACUUAUAUCCCAAGAAAAUUAAUUGAGCUUUUGGUCAAAGUAAUCUUCAAAUGCUUACCUAUCCAUGAAAUAACAAUCUCUGCAAAGAACAUUUUUCAGGUCCACCCCUCUUCAGGGUCCGGUGCCAAAUCCUUCUCAUUUCUAAAUAUUUCAGUAGUUCUAACUUUUAGUUGUUUACAGUCUGUGUGCAGUAUCAUAAACCGACAUUAUCCACUUCAAGGUUAUAAACUGGCGAGAUCAGAAAUAGACGAUUCCAACACCAAGAUGGUUAAGGGUUAUAAGGUAUAUGGCGAAGAAUGGAAUUUCCUCCAUAUACUCACCAUUUUGUCACAUUGAGUAUAUGGAAAUAAAUUAGGAGGGUUAUUGAGAAGCCCAGUGUAGCAUUUCAGACUUUAAAGGGAAUCGUAUAAAGGGAUGCAAUGGAGGAGGAGUAAUAGGGGGUGUAGGUCUGUACUAAAAAUGUAUACAAGUGUAGUUAACGAAAGAUUAUCUUAAUAAUCUUAAAAUCCAUGUUCAUUUUAAACUAAACACAGUUAUAUAGUUUAUUUCCUAGGCACAUUAUGAACAAGACGGAACCAGUUCAUCGUUAAAGAAAAUAAAAAAAAAUCUAUUAUUAGCCUUCUAUAAAAACACAAAAACAUAUAACAAACAUAUCUGUGACAAGAACAAAUACACAAAUCUACAAAUUCAACCUUUCUUAAGGAGACAAUUAUGUUUUUUCGCUUUGUACUCAAUGGGGCAAAAUGUCCAAAUGAAAAAAAAAAAAAACUAAAUCAGAAUGAGUUUCAGGAUGUAUUUUACAUAUGAAAUGUCAACAUUAAUUGCCACAGUACAAAACAAAGUUUCCAAUUUACUUAGGCAUGUCUAAAAAAUGUUUUUUCAAUACCUGUAGUUUCUAAUAAUAUUUGCUAAUUACACACCAUUGUGAAAGUCACAAGCCUCGGUAUAUUGGUUCAAUUAUUGAUCCUUUAAAAAAAAAAAAAAAAAAAAAAAAAUCUGAUGACUUUGCUCAUCAGUUUUAAUCUUUCAGCAGCAUUUAAAAAGCCACAAUAGGCUGCAGAACAAACUUCUGAACUUCUAUAUUUGUCCGAGAGAUACUAGGCUAUGGCCAGCAGAACUGAUUUAACAUUUGUAAUCCAAUGCAUAAAGAUAUUAGGUUAUUCCGAUAUUGGCAAUGCUGUGCCAUCGAUUAAUUCUUUGAUACUGGAGAUUAAGAGUGGUCAUGCCACAAGCCUAUGGCUGCCCGGUCUAUAAAGAUCAUUUAUUAAUAACAAGUACCAUUUCUGAGCCUACAGUUCACACUGUAGGCCCCUUUAAAAGUGCUGGUGACAAGUACAAAGUAAUCAAAAAAUCAAAUCAGUCUCCUUUUCAAAUGAAACACUGGUAUUACAAAUGACAUGAAAACACAGACAGCAUGGACCACAACUGAUACAUGUUUAUCCCUCAUCAGUUCCAGUCACUCACUCACUCUGGCUGAGUGGCAAAGUCAUUUCUCCAGAUAGUCUUUUUUCCCCACUGGCAUAUUCAGAACACACCAUGCUUUCAUCAAUCAAUCAGCUUUGACCACCUCACAGCACAGCUAAUGUUAGCAAGGUAAUACAUUGCAGCAUUAUUACCACGACUGGAACUCUCUUCAAGUAACAUAUUUAAUAUGAGUCACCCUGUAUUUUGCAAAGGGUUCACUUGCUGAUGAACAGGCAAUCUAAGGUGUGUGGGGGGGGGGGGGGGGGGGCAGUUCCUACUGUAGCUGGCACGUGGGUGUAACAAACAACAACACUAACUGGCAAUUUUAGUUUGAUGUUAUGGAUGAACUACAUGAAGUGCAUAAUAACUAUCAAAUGUACUUUACUAGCGACAGAUUUUGAAGUUUUAGCAAAUCCCCUCAACACAUUAAAAAUUAAUCACCAAAUAUUCUCAAUACUUAAACCAUGGAGGUAUUUAACCUAUGUUAUCAGUUUAUACAGGAUAUUACUGUCAUUAGCUAAUAGAAUAUAUGGCACUUUUGCAAACAUCUUUUUAAUGCGUUACACAAAUAACUUAAAAAGGUGAACAGGCAAACAAUUAUUUGGAUUUGUGGCUUGAAUUCCAAUAUAUGCAAUUUCUAAAUCACUAGAGAGCAUGACGGAAAUCGUGUAGCACAAACAGCUGGUACUGCUGCAUAGUUCACAGUGUCUUAGAGGGCAAUAACUUCAAGGUUGCGUUUCUGACUAUGCAUUACAGGCUUUUUAAAAUAGGCAAGGCAUGUUAAUAUCUCACUUAUGCCUAUAAGGUCUAAAGGCACUUAUCUGCAUGGGAGAGCAUUCAAAAUAAAGUUCAAAACACUUUUUGGUUCUUUUGGGGCAUGGGGUUCUGUUACUUUACAGGGCAUUUUGUAAACACAUUGAAAGAGAAAGAUGAUCCUUGGCUGGAAUGGAUUCCUGGCACGGUGCAACUCGAAAAUACUUCAACUACAUUUGGCUGGUUGGCUGGCUGCCAUAAGAGGGUAAAGUUUAUACCACUUGGUCAAAUACAGAGUAGCCUGGUGCUGUCAGUGGCUGUAUGUUAACCAUGGCUCAGUCUGCAAUAUAAAUGUACAACCAUAUUGUACAUGAAGUCCUGUUAAAACCCAAAGUCCUUUCAUGAAAAUAUAGAGAACAACGGGAACCUGCAAAGACAACAUCAAUGGACACGACUUAGAACAGGGAGAUUAUGGAUUCAAUCCAGGCUUAGCCAUGGACUCAUGUUUCCAUCACAAUACAUGGCUUGGUCCUGCUAUUACUGUAGCCAGGCACUAAUUCAGCACACACAACCUAGUUAAGCCCCAGCUAUCAGUGGUGGAAACAGUCUUGUGAAAUCAGGCCAGGCCCAGUUUGCUUGUGGAAACUAGACAAGUUCUUGCAGAAAGUCACUUGUCCUCCUUGCACCCCAGCAGAGUAGCUCUGAGGAAACAUGCUCUGAUGCAAAGCGAUAUGAAACCCAGCUCAGGUACUGGAGUGAUCCUGGGGAAAACUGCUAAACUUAUAGUAAAACUCAGCAGGGCUGUACUGGGUGAAUGAAUACAGAUAGAGCGUGAAGGGUCCUAACCAGGACUGACUUAGAAGAAGCAGUGACGUUUGACCCUUGGCUAGGCGCUGUUGAUGGGGCAGGUGAGUAGCUCUGCAGCUGUUGUAUAUCCAGUGAGUGUUUACAGUGUGCAAAGAUUGGUCAUGUAUGGUACACAAACACACACAUAUAUCACACACUAUAGCUUAAGGAUCAAUAAAAACCAAAUUGAUAAAUGGUGCAGAUAAUUAGACAGGUGUUAUUUGAGUAUCUGAAUGGUUCAUGUUAAGCAAUUCUAAGGGUUUUUCAUAUUGCCUUAAUUUCAGAAUUUUUGGAAUAGGUCUAAAAUUAAGAUAAGGUACGUGUCAUUCCAUUCAUUAAAAAAAAAUUUAAAUUAUAAAUUAUCUUACGCUACCUGGGUCUCUUUAUACUACCUGGAUAUUGAUUUAUUAAUUUGAGAACUUAAAGAAAAUGUAGAAAAUAUGACAAUGCAGUUGUAAGGGCAGGUUUCUA